AAGCACAAAGUAGUGACAAAAACAAAAACCAAACAACAACAAAAAAAAAAGGUGAAAAGUGACAGUGAAUAAUGUUGAGAGCGCCCACACAACAUAUUGUGGAACUUGGCUUCGGUAAGACGACGACGACGACGACAGCAGCAGCAGCAGCAGCAACAUUGCCAGUAACAGCAGCAGCAACAGUCAACAGCAAGCAGCGUAAAACGACAUUGCUACAAAAGCUUAGACAACAGCAACAAAAACUACUGCAAAAGCAAUUGACAACGACGACGACGACGACUGAAGUGGACGAUCAGCAGGAGAAGUUUGAGAAAAAGGAGCACAAGAAAUCAGCAGCAACAACAACAGAUUAUUAUUUUAGACAGCAGCAACCAACAUUGUUGCUACUGGCCACAACAGCAACUAUAACGAUCGAGGAGGAGCAGCAGCAACAACAGGAACAGCAACAACACCAAAAGAAAAAGAAGAAAGAGCCAACUAGCUAUAAUCUGGCAGCGGCUUUGAGGCGCAACAAGAAGCCAAAGACAAACAACAGCAGCAGCAUUAGCAGCAGCGGCAGCAACAACAGUCACAGCAGCAAUCAAAGUUGUCGCAGCAACAUUAGCAAUAAUAAUAACAACAACAGCAGCAGCAGCAACAAUAACAACAACAAUAAUAGUUUGUCUAAUAGUUGCAUUAACAAACAUAACAACACUCAUUAUAAAAACAGUAAAAACUGCAGCAGCAGCAGCAGCAGCAACAACAACUAUACAAGCUACAACAACUACAUAAGUAAUUACAAUUGCAAAACAAGUGAACAACAGCAACAGCAACAAGCGUGGAAAAUAUCAACAACACAGCAGCAACAGCAACAACAACAACAUCUGUUCAUUAACAACAACAGCAACAACAACAACAACAACACUGUUUCUAGUGGUCACAUCAUCAUGUCUCCCACUUCGCAAGCGCCCACCCGAACAUCUUUAUUCGAUUCUUGCCAUCGCAAGAUUCGUCUCAUUGGCGGCGGUCCAGUUGCCUUUUUAGGCGGCCUAGUGGCCAAAGCCCGUCGCAAGGAAAGGGAUGGCGAUCAAAGUUCAACAGAUACCAAAUUAUAUUUGGAGGAAAGCGUUCUAGAACGUAAAUUACCUGAAGCUGAUCUCAAAGCCCUAGUGGAUCUUCCAGCUGGUUUGGAUUACAAUGAGUGGCUAGCAUCACAUACCCUGGCUCUAUUCGAGCAUGUGAAUUUGGUUUAUGGAACUAUUAGUGAAUUUUGUACACAAUCCGGUUGCACAGAUAUGACUGGACCUGGCAACAGAACGUACUUAUGGUUCGAUGAGAAGGGCAAGAAGACACGUGUGGCGGCACCUCAGUAUAUCGAUUAUGUGAUGACUUUCACACAAAAGACGGUCAGCGAUGAAUCGAUAUUCCCAACCAAAUACGCAAACGAGUUUCCCGGCUCGUUUGAGUCGAUCGCGCGAAAGAUUUUACGCUUGCAAUUUCAUGUGAUAGCGCAUCUGUAUGCGGCGCAUUUCAGAGAAAUAGCGUUGCUCGGCUUGCACACCCAUUUAAAUUUGACAUUUGCGCAUGUAACCGCCUUGCACAGGCGUUUCAAUUUGAUCGAUGAGAAGGAGACCGAUGUGUUGCGUGAUUUGGAGGUGGCAUUGCGUCUAACCGAUGACAGUAGCAGCAACAGUGGUGGACAGCAGCAGCAGCAGCAAUCCCAUCAUCAACAGCAAUCGCAUCAUCCACAUCAGCAGCAACAGCAACAACAGCAACAACAUCAACAAGAUGCUGGUGGACUGUUGCCGCAUGAUAAUACUAGCAAUGCAACUUGCGAUCAACAGCAGCAACCACACAACAACAGCAGCAGCAACAGCACCUCCUCAUCCGAGGCAAUGCCUCAUGUCAAUUCACAAAGCAACAAUAGCCACACCACAACACCCUCAGCAUCGCUGAUCGAUGGCGAUUCGGCAUCGCCACCAAUUUGCACGCAACCGGAGGCUGGUGCCUCAUGUAAGCCAGCCGGCAGCAGCGGCCUAUUGGGCGGCAUAUUGGGUGAUCUGACAAGCGGUGAAUUUGGUGAUACAACACGCUAUUGCACCUCGGCAGUUCCUCAGCAGGUGGUGGUGGCGGCACCGGAUGCAUCUGUCACUGGCAUUGGCGGUGGGGGUGCAUCGUCCAUUGCCGUUAUGAAUAAUGGCACUAAUCUGCUAACCGGCGGUGCUGCUGCAUUACAUUUAAACUUUAGCAACAAUAAUAACAAUAAUCAUAAUUUGAAUCAUCAUCACCAUCAUCACCACAAGCGGCAGCAGCGUCCUCAACAACAGCAGCAGCGCAGCAGCAGCAGCACAGUGGUCUAA